CCCUCGAACUGCCUGGACGCUGGAGCUCCGACGACACCAACACUGCGACACACGCCCAUCACCACCACCCUUUCAACCCGCCCUCGCACGCCCCCGGCCCUCGUCGUCGUCGUCUCCCUCCUCCCCCUUCCCCGCCCACAUACAGCAUCUCGCCGACGCGUCACGGCAGCAGCACGCAGAACCCGCCCAUCAUGUCGUUCGGCGGGCAGACGCCCACCAUCAUCGUCCUCAAGGAAGGGACCGACACCUCCCAGGGCAAGGGCCAGAUCAUCUCCAACAUCAACGCCUGCCUGGCGGUCCAGGCCACGAUAAAGCCCACGCUGGGCCCCUAUGGCGGCGACCUGCUGAUGGUGGACGAGAAUGGCAAGCAGACCAUUACCAACGACGGUGCCACCGUCAUGAAGCUCCUCGACAUUGUCCACCCCGCCGCCCGCAUCCUCGUCGACAUCGCGCGAUCCCAAGACGCCGAGGUAGGCGACGGAACCACCUCGGUCGUCGUCCUCGCCGGCGAGAUCCUCAAGGAGGUCAAGGACCACGUCGAGCAGGGUGUCAGCCCCCAGAUCAUCAUCAAGGGCCUGCGGAAAGCCUCCCAAAUGGCCGUCAACAAGAUCAAGGAGAUUGCCAUCAGCACCAACGAGGGCAACCGCCGCGAGACCCUAUCCAAGCUGGCCGCCACCGCCAUGACGAGCAAGCUGAUUAAGCGAAACACCGAAUUCUUCACAAAGAUGGUUGUCGACGCCGUCCUGUCACUCGACCAAGACGACCUCAACGAGAAGCUCAUCGGUAUCAAGAAGAUUCCCGGCGGUUCCCUCACCGAGUCGCGCUACGUCAACGGCGUCGCCUUCAAGAAGACGUUCUCCUAUGCCGGCUUCGAGCAACAGCCCAAGUCGUUCAAGAAGCCCAAGAUUGUCUGCCUCAACGUCGAGCUCGAGCUCAAGGCCGAAAAGGACAACGCCGAGGUGCGCGUCGAGCAGGUAUCCGAGUACCAGGCCAUCGUCGACGCGGAGUGGCAAAUCAUUUUCAAGAAGCUCGAGGCCAUCUCCAAGACGGGCGCCAAGGUGGUGCUGAGCAAGCUGCCCAUCGGCGACCUGGCGACGCAGUACUUUGCCGACCGCGACGUCUUCUGCGCCGGUCGCGUCGCGUCCGAGGACAUGGAGCGCGUGGUGCAGGCCACCGGCGCCACCAUUCAGUCGACGUGUUCCGACAUCCUCCCCGAGCACCUCGGCACGUGCGGCACCUUUGAGGAGCGGCAGAUUGGCGGUGAGCGCUUCAACUUCUUCGAGGAGUGCCCCGAGGCCAAGACGUGCACACUGGUGCUGCGCGGUGGCGCCGAGCAGUUCAUAGCCGAGGUGGAGCGCUCGCUGCACGACGCCAUCAUGAUUGUCAAGCGGGCCAUCAAGAACCACCUCAUCGUCGGCGGCGGCGGCGCUGUCGAGAUGGAGGUCUCGGCUUACCUGCACCGCUUUGCGGACAAUAAAAUCACCCACAAGCAGCAGGCCAUCAUCAAGUCCUUCGCCAAGGCCCUCGAGGUCAUUCCCCGCCAGCUGUGCGACAACGCCGGCUUCGACGCCACCGACAUUCUCAACAAGCUGCGCGUCGAGCACCGCAAGGGCAGCACCUGGGCUGGCGUCGACUUUAGGCACGAGGGCGUCGCCGACAUGAUGGAGCGCUUCGUUUGGGAGCCCGCUCUCAUCAAGGUCAACGCCCUUCAGGCAGCCACCGAGGCCAGCUGCUUGAUCCUCGGCGUCGAUGAGACCAUUCGCAACGAGGAGAGCGCCAAGCCCCAGGCACCCGGGCAGCUGCCUCCCGGCGCGGCGCAGAGAGCGGUCCGCGGCCGGGGACGAGGCAUGCCGCGCAGGUAAAGCGGGCCCGGAAGCAAAAAGGAAAAAGGACCGGAGUGGUUGAAAUGGUCUGGUUUUUUACAUUUUCUUCUUCUUUAAUACGGGAAUGGAUCUGUAUGAUACCUUAGAUAUGAGAAGAAGAGAAGGGGGAGAAAAACAAGACGACCACUUCUAGACUGGACACGAGUCGCUCCCUCUGUUUCAACUGUCCUGCCGGCCCGUCUCUGGCAAUGAUUGCCACCCCGAGACCGACUCGGCUAGGACGCGGAUUGUGGAAAGCAUGCAUGCGUAGUUUCAGACGCCGCUGAGGCAUCCCAUCCCCCUCUUGAUGUGUCAGACCGCUCUGUCCUGUAAUCAAAUGCGCCAAGCUCUCCGUGAUGG